UCUGAAAAAACGAAGUGGAAGUAGAGGAAGUUUGGGUGGGCUGCCCCCUGGCUUCUCUCCUUUAAGACUCCAACGCUUUAGGCGGUUGUUUCUACGCCUUCUUCCUCGUUUGCUCCGCCUCUCCCCCAUCCUUUUAUACACCCCCUACCUCAUUUCAUCUCACAUUGUUGGGAAACCAUAAAGGAAAUUGUGAAUUUCCACCUUUCCUUGUCUCUCCCUUUCCUCCAUCCCCGACACUCCCUUUUCCAGAAAUGGCUUCUUCUUUCCUAUCUUCGGGGAUCAUUCAGCCCCUCCCCCUCAGAUCUCCUGACAAACCACAAACCCUCUUCGAUCAUCUCAAGACCACCUCCACUUUCCUUGGAUCUACCUCUAAACUCCGCUCUGUUUCUCUCUCUAAGCCCAAUCUCCCCAACCCCCACCGUCGAUCCACCGUCGUUGCUGUUUCCGAUGUCCUCAAGGAAAAGAAGACCAAAUCGGCUGCCUCCUCUUCCCAAUUGCUGAUUACGAGGGAGGAAGGGUUGGAGCUGUAUGAAGACAUGGUAUUGGGUAGAGCUUUUGAGGACAUGUGUGCUCAGAUGUACUACAGGGGCAAAAUGUUUGGCUUUGUUCAUCUCUACAAUGGCCAAGAGGCCGUGUCCACUGGCUUUAUCAAGCUGUUGAAGAAGGAGGAUUGUGUGGUGAGUACUUACCGCGAUCACGUUCACGCGCUGAGUAAAGGGGUGCCUGCUCGUGCUGUGAUGAGCGAGCUCUUCGGCAAGGCCACUGGGUGUUGCCGAGGGCAAGGUGGGUCCAUGCACAUGUUCUCGAAAGAACACAAUGUUCUUGGUGGGUUUGCCUUCAUUGGUGAGGGCAUUCCGGUUGCCACAGGGGCUGCAUUCACUUCAAAGUAUAAGAGGGAGGUUCUGAAGGAGGAUUGUGAUGAGGUGACCUUGGCAUUUUUCGGAGAUGGGACUUGCAACAAUGGGCAGUUCUUUGAGUGUUUGAAUAUGGCUGCAUUGUGGAAAUUGCCCAUUGUGUUUGUUGUGGAGAAUAAUUUGUGGGCAAUUGGGAUGUCGCAUUUGAGGGCAACUUCGGAUCCGGAGAUUUGGAAGAAGGGGCCGGCUUUUGGGAUGCCAGGAUUUCAUGUGGAUGGGAUGGAUGUGUUGAAGGUGAGGGAAGUAGCUAAAGAGGCAAUUCAAAGGGCUAGGAGAGGAGAAGGACCAACUCUGGUGGAAUGUGAGACAUAUAGGUUUAGAGGACACUCUUUGGCUGAUCCUGAUGAGCUCCGUGACCCUGCUGAGAAGGCUCAUUAUGCUGCUAGAGAUCCCAUCACAGCCUUGAAGAAAUACAUCUUUGACAACAAGCUGGCCAGUGAGGCAGAAUUGAAGGCAAUAGAGAAGAAGAUAGAUGAGGUGGUGGAGGAGUCUGUUGAGUUUGCAGAUGCAAGCCCUCCUCCACCUCGCAGCCAGCUACUGGAAAAUGUGUUUGCAGAUCCAAAAGGCUUUGGAAUUGGACCUGAUGGGAGUUACAGAUGCGAGGAUCCCAAAUUCACUGAAGGCACCGCUCAUGUCUAACCUUUCCACAUUGGUCAAUAGAUGCAAGCUUUGAGCUCUGGGUGAUGGGGCUUUUAUAUUUAUCACUGCUGGCAAUCACCAAUUAAAUUUUCCAAAUGUUCUUAGCUUUACACUAUAAGCAGCAUUUGUUUUUAGAUUUGGUUGUUUAGAUUUUCUUGUUUCCAAAUUUGUUGCUGCUUGUUGUUUAAUUAUCAUUGUUCUUUGGACUCUGUUUGAAUGGUAAAACCUAAAGGCUGGAUUACAGUUUCCACAAUUAGAGUAUAUAUGGGCAAAUGGCAUAAAUUUUUGCAUUUUA